UACAGGAGAUUAGCGGUUUAAUCCAAGUGCUUGGCGUCCUCAGUGGGAUACAGAUUGGCCCCACUCUCGAUGCGCGAGGGGUUGAUAUCGCCCACAACCCUCAUUCCUCUAAUGCAGCCAUGUAUACUUCUCGACCAUGGCAACCACCAGGUGUACCUCUCGGUUCAAACGCCCCCUUUACGGACAUUGGAACUGCCGUUUAUCCAUGUCUUCGUGUACAUGCCGUUCACCGUCCCUUUCGCUGCGCCGCGUGUCCUGCCUCUUUUGCUCGCAAUCAUGAUCUCAAACGUCACGCUAAACUCCACGACAAAAAGGCGUGGCAAUGUGCAGGCUGUGAUAAGAUGUUUUCGCGUCGCGACGCGAUCAAGCGGCAUAAGAAUAAUAGUCGCGCUCGUGGUGGGAAGGGCGAAGUUUGUGUGAGCGCGGCUAUCAGGGAGGUUGAGCUGGACAAGGAAGCCGAAGAUGAAAUCGUGAGGGAGGGGAGGCGCGCGAAGAUGUGGAGCGACAUAGUCGGAAGUCAGAUAGGAGGUGCGGUAGCGUACGGUACGUCUGUAGAGCACAGCGGCUUGGAAGAAGGAGAAAUACGAAGGGAACUCGUCGGGCGGGUACGGUCAGCUGUGAUGAGUUUGCAUGGUGUUUUGCAGGCUCAUGUGUCCAGUGCACUCGGAACACCUUCCGAUCAAGCAGUGCCUCCACUACACCUUGAUCCCACGGGAGGACAAGCAACACUGGCUAGCGUGAUUGCUCGAGCACAGCUGCAAGCCUUACCCUCGCAAAUGCAGCCGCCGCAGGGCCCGCCCAUAGCGCAACAUAGCCAUGCUGAGUCUCCUGCUGCGUCGGCAUCGCGUGAUGGCCACGUUACUGGGUAUGACGAUAUUCAAGCAGACUACGCCACUGCACAAGACGACUUGCAACCCCUGCCUAGUACAUCACCUGGACCUGCAUUAUCUUUAUACGGUUUAUCUGAGGAGCAGACCAAGUUGUUGGAGCAAGCGAUUGCUAACGCCGCAUCGGCUGCUCAGGCUCAAGCUGAAGCUGAGGCGGCAAUGGAAGAAGAAGAGGAUGAUUAUGAGGAAGACGAGGAGGAGUACGAGGAGGAGAACCAAGCCAUUUCAAUCCCUGCAUGAGUGUUGUUUGUAGUCAUAAUGUUAUCUAUUCUCAUGUGUGUGAAGCGGCAUAUUAAAUGAUACUGUAUUGCUAUUGUCCUUCAAUCAUGUGUGUCGUGUCAUCACCAUCAUAAUCUCCCCAAAUGCUGGAAUUUUAUCCAUAUCGUACACCAAGUGUCCCGUCUACAGCAGCGAUCAUGAUC